AUGGGAUCCAAAGCCCCUUCCGAAGCUCAAAUACCGAUCAUAGACAUCAGUUCCGCCAACCCAAACGCUCCAGCUCAACUCCUCGACGCCGCUCGCAACUAUGGUUUCGUUUUCAUCUCCAACAAAGACGAUGCCGCAGUACCCUCUCGACUCGUCAAUGACAUCUUCGAUCUAUCCAAGCAAUUCUUCGACCUUCCGGUAGAAGAAAAGGAAAAAGUCUCCAUCGCCUCCAACUCAGCCGGAAAGAACCACGGCUGGCUAUCCCAAGGCGUCGAGAAACUCGAUCCCGCUUCGCAGAAGAGACCAGAUGUGAAAGAAGCUUUCAACCUCGCCCCUCACACCUCCCUCAAAUUCCCUCAACCCCUGCCCUCCCUCUUCCUCCAGCCUGCAAACCACACCCUCCUCACAACCUUCCAAACCGCCUGCCAAACCCUCUCCGACCGUUUGCUAGUCCACUUCGCCACCGCCCUCGAGAUCCCUUCCGACUGGUUCACAACCCGACACUCCUCCUCAGGCGGCGCUCACUCCUCCAUCUUCCGCUUGCUUUACUAUCCCAAACUACAUUCAAGCAUGGAGUCAGGCAACAAGGAUGAUCUCCGCGCCGGCGCGCACUCAGACUACGGCUCCCUAACCCUCCUCUUCCGACUCCCUCACCAAUCCGGGCUGGAAAUCCUCACGCCCUCAGGGGAAUGGGAGAGUGUAGCGCUCGAUCCUCUCGGGACGGCCAAGAUGCCAGGUGAAAUGCCUAUACUUGUCAAUAUCGGAGAUUUACUCGAAGAUUGGACGGGAGGAUUGUUGAAGAGUACGGUGCAUCGGGUUGUGUUUCCUGCUUCUAUUUCUUCUACGGAUGGUCAGGAGGGAGAGGUGGAUGACAGUGAUCGGUACUCGGUGGCGUACUUUUGUCAUCCGCUGGACGAGGUUUUGUUGGAGCCUGUUCCAAGUCGGGUGGUGGAGGAGUGGGAAAGGCAGAAUGGGAAGAGGGAGGGGAGGGACGGGUGUACGGCUGGGGAGCAUUUGAUGAGGAGGUUGAGGGCUACGUAUAGUGUGAAGUGA